AUGAGUUUUGUAGGAUGGCUAUUGUCUCGCAAUGCGUCGGACCCUUCUCACCCAAGUUGCCCGAUCACUGCAUUGGCGAAAGGGGGCACCAUAAUCAUAAAUAAUACCUUUACUCUUACGCUAACUGAAAAUGCUGUUUUCAAGCCAUCUUGCACGGAAGUUCCUGUAGUCAACAUCGAGAAUCCAACUUCAAUUGCUGACAUAGACCAGCCUUUCUACGCUUCUACCUCACCCCAGAUGUAUGCGAUCGCCACUGCCACCGUGGUCAGUUACCUUCUCGUAAUCAUCCUCUUCAUAACACCGCGCACAUUCUUUAUCGGAGGUCGUGGUGGUGGCGGUGCCAGCUUCCUCGGGAGGCGUGGGAGGUUCACUGGCUCGUAUGGCGGUUCAUCCGUAAUUGGCGUUGGUGGCCGUCCGUGGCUGCAGAAAGUUGCUGCCGUUACAACUGCAGUAUCUCUAAGUAUUGCGACGGCGGACUCUUUCCGCGUUGCUAAAAGUCAAUAUGACCGCGGCUACAUAGACUCCAGCGCUCUGGCUGCUGAAGUCAUCGGUGGUGUGGAGAUUCGGAUAGUCCGCAUUAUUUCGAGCACCUUUCUUUGGCUGGCACAGGUCCAGACUUUAAUUCGUUUGUUCCCACGCCACAAGGAGAAGGUCAUCAUUAAAUGGACUGGAUUUGCAUUAAUUGUGCUUGAUGUAAUAUUCAGCCUUCUCAACAGCUUCAUAAACCGAACGCUUAUGGCAAGACAGCCGAGGAAUAUCGUGGAAGCGAUACCGGCGCUCAACUACUUAUUCGAUUUGUCCCUGAGUUUGCUAUAUGCCGCUUGGGUUAUUUUUUACGGUCUUUCUAAACACCGUUUUGCCUUCUUCCACCCCAAAAUGCGCAAUAUCUGCCUGGUGGCUCUGUUGUCUUUAAUUGCAGUUCUUAUACCCAUUGUGUUCUUUGUGUUGGAUCUUUCGAAGCCUAAUAUAGCCGGAUGGGGUGAGUAUAUUCGCUGGGUUGGGGCAGCAGCGGCGAGUGUUGUCGUUUGGGAAUGGGUCGAACGGAUUGAGGCUCUGGAAAGAGAUGAGAACAAAGACGGAAUUCUUGGGAGAGAAAUCUUUGAUGGGGAUGAAAUGCUGGAGGUCACCCCAUCGGAGGAGGUCGAUUGGCCCGGUCAACGAAGUAAUAAACCUAACGGCGGAGGAGGUACAGGAUCCGGGCCAAUCUGGGGUCUAGCUCACAGACCACUGAAGACACGAAUCACGCUCCAGAGCCGCCUACCGCGGACGAUCAGAAAAUCCGGACAGAGGAAAACAACCCCAAGUUCUCUACUCACUGUUGCUGGUGUAGAUGCACAUCUUACCCCUACCCAGCUUACUACGACUCCAGUCAGUCGAGCGGAUACUACUAGUGCUGCUAGCACUGUGUAUAGGGUCCGCUAUCAUUCCAUGAGGAGUUUCAUUUCCCCAAACGUAAAUUGUGCGCCAGAUGAGCAACACCGGAAGGAGUUUGCGACCCCCAUUAACCGAGCAAGUAGCGGCAUUGGUCAAUAUGAUAUAUUGCCCCCGAAACCUGUUAAGCAAUGGUUCAGGUGGAUAGCGGUCCCGAACCCAUUUAAACGACAGCGCGCCUCUCCGCCCAUAGAAGUUGCAACAGCCCAGGCAACAGUAACGCAAACUUCGCAGCCAGAUUCUUCCUCAACAGACUUAGCAGAUGACACUGCUGAGAAGGAUAAACCCCGAAACAUUAAAUCCAAACUCGACAUGAUUCUUACAUAUCUCCCCUGGGAAAAAGGCAGAUGUGCUCAUGAACAUCAGGAUUCUGAAGCAUCUCUGCCAGUCACGGUAAUUCCGGCACCAGCAAGGGUUUCACGAUUGCAAUCACCACACAGGCACAGAGAGGUACCUGCCGUAUCAACAGAGGAGAAUUACAUUAUGCGGCAAGACGAUUCCAAUCUCCCAGUGAUGCUAAUUCCUGUGCAGCCUCGGUCAUCAAGGGCCUGGUCGCGGACUACUGUGGAGCCACCAUCCCCGGAUGAGGAUUUGAACAGCACAGCAGGUGGUACCUCUCCUCAUUCCAGAACUCCGAUUGAAACACCCCAACUUGGAGAUUCAAACGAGCGUGGUAGAUCCGAUUUAUUUGUAUUGGGCCGCACAAUAUCGUCUAGAACAACAAAUCGUGCUUCUUCAACUUCGAUAUCGUCCGUUCAUGCUUACAACAGGGGUGCGCGACGAAUCUUUUCGGGGACGGAAGUGCCUGUAUUGAGGGAGGAAGAGGAUGCGAUCAUUCAGGUUGUCAUGGAAGAUGCUUCUUCCUCUGAGGAUUCUGCUUCUUCUCCUCCUUCUUCUGAACCUAUCCAUUCCACCACGGAACAACCACUCAAUGAUGAAGGGCAUAUCAAUGCCCCGCCUGGCCCAUCGCCAUCAAUGUCGUCACCCACUCCCACGACUCAAUCUCGACAUGUUUCCUUUUCGAGCACAGAUCACGGUCGAGAUAGAGAUCGAACUCACUCAGCUACUCAACCAGUAUCGUCAACAAAUCUUGACCGUGGUGACAUCGGCGUUGGUGGUAGUUCCCAACUCAGAGAUAUUGAUCUUGAAGUGCAGCACCGUCAUUGA